ACAAAAAGAGGGUGAAAAUUGGACCUGUCAAUUUUGUUUUAAAAUGGUGAUGGCAGACUAUGGGAGUUACAAAUGUUUGCAUUCGGACUGUAAUUAUGUUCUUCAUGGGAGUUGCGUAAAAAAGGUUAAAGGUCGUCUUUAUAUCGAAGUCGAGUCCGAAAAUGAGGAAAGUGAUAAUGAGGCUUCUUCUUCUUCAAGUUGUGCUGUGGCGCUAGGAGACAAGAUAGAUCAUUUCAGCCACGAGCAUGAAUUAGUGCUUGAUAAGGAGGAGAUUAUUAUGAAUGGUGAUAAAAAAUGUUGCGAUGGGUGUGCAUUACCGAUCUUGGAGGCCACUUAUAGUUGUCCACAACCAGAGUGUAAUUUCUCCCUUCACAAGGCUUGUGCCCAAAUUGGAGAGGACAAACCACAUUGGGCUUCCCGAGAUCCUCUUCGUGUCAGCAUGAAGUACGAUUUUAUAUGUAAAUUUUAUGUAGUGAGAUCCCUUUCAUCAUUACCCAUGAAGCACAUGCAGCGCAUUCCCUCUACUAUGAUGCAGAUCAUGAGGGACAAUGUAGUGGCUGCGGUAAGGAAAUGGGUUAUCAUGGUGGUUACAACUUACAAAUGCAUGCUAGCAGAUGAAGAGGAGAAUUGCAAAUUUGCCUUGGACUUUAGAUGUCUGACACGGCCCCUUACAGCUCAACAUAGGUUCCACCAUCACCUUACAGCUCAACAUAGGUUCCACCAUCACCCUUUAAAACUCACUUAUCAAGAUCCAAGGGAGGCUGAUGGUGAUCCUUCUCAACACAUAUGUGAAAUCUGUGAAGAUAGAAGAGAUCCAAAGCAUUUGUUUUAUCGGUGUGAUAAGUGCGAUUUUGAUGUUCAUCCUGAUUGCGUUCUUGGAGAAUUUCCUUUUAUCAAGCGCGGAAGCCUUUCUGAAAAUUUUAGAUGUGACUCUCAUAAACAACCUCUCCUGUAUUUCCAGAGUGAGGAAUAUCCCUAUCCGAAAUGUGUUGGAUGUGGCCAUCCUUGCGAAGAUCAACUAGCUCUUAAAUGUCCACACUCUGAAUGCAACCUUACUCUGCAUUUGAAUUUGGACUGCUACAAUUCUCGAGCAAAGAAAACAAAAGGAACUCAUAAUGUAUUUAAGAAUGGAGAAGGCAAAGUCUUCGUUUUCAACUCUGGUAUGUCUUACCGUCCAACCCGACUGCACAAACUGUAAUUAUGUUAUUGGUUUUACCAUGGGAAGCAUUCCGGUUGCUCAGACUAGCAGAACACAAUUGCUUUCACUGAUGGGGUGGUAUAUUACCAUGACUAUAUACAUGUUUUAUAGUCAAAUUUGCUGUAUUAGUUCAUAAAGAGGAAUUGUCCUUUUCUCUGAUACUGUUAACACUACUCAUGUUAAUUCUCUUUCUUUGUAUUGCAGCCUAAACAAGGAUCAUUCAGGUACAAUUCUGCACUUUGCUAAGUGUGCUCCGAUUUUUUUCUAUAAAAGAACAGCUUUUUU